UUCCUUUGCUGCUUUCCUCAUUGCAGCCGCAGCCCGUGGCGUUCUUUUUUGUGGUUGAUGGAGCCCGAGGAGCCAGAGCUUUGGGGACGCUGUUCCGCCCCCGCUGACACCUUUUUCCGGGCCCUGCGGCCGCGUCCCCCGGAGGGCAGGGCGGGCACCGCCGCCCCACGCCCUGGCGGGAGGAGGAGCCGGGGCCGCGGCCGUGCUGCCGAUGGCGGGCGGCGGGGCCGGACUGCUGCCCUUCCUGCGGCUGCUGGGGCAGCUCAAGAGAGUACGGCGGACAGGAUGGGUGUACAGGAACGUGGCAAACCCAGAGAGCGUCUCCGACCACAUGUACAGGAUGGCGAUGAUGGCUUUGGUGACUGAGGACAAAGGCCUUAACAAGGACAGAUGCAUACGAUUAGCUUUGGUUCAUGAUAUGGCUGAAUGCAUUGUUGGAGAUAUUGCUCCUGCAGAUAACAUCCCAAAAGAGGAGAAACACAGAAGAGAAGAGACAGCUAUGCAACAACUGACCCAGCUGCUAUCAGAGGACCUUGGAAAAGAAAUCUAUGAACUCUGGGAUGAAUACGAAAACCAGUCUACUGCAGAGGCCAAGUUUGUAAAGCAGUUGGAUCAGUGUGAGAUGAUCCUGCAAGCAUUUGAGUAUGAAGAGUUGGAAAACACACCUGGCAGGCUGCAGGAUUUUUUUGAUUCAACUGCUGGGAAGUUUGUUCACCCAGAAAUACUCCAGCUUGUAUCUCUGAUUAACACAGAAAGGAAAAAAAGAAUAGCUGCCACAUCUCAUCCGCAUUCCUGAGGUGUUCCUAAAUGCUGCAGCCAUAAUAAAUACUUUGAUUUAUA